UAUCAAAGUCAUGAUAACAUAAUGUACCUACAUUGAAAUGUAUAAUGAAAGACAUAUAUAAAUUUAAAAUCACCUAGUUAGUGAUGAUAUUGUUCCAAAUAAAGCUUAUUUAAAUUUUCACAAAUGUAGUAUUAUGAUUCUUGUUUUCUAUUAUGUUUCAUUGUGCCAUUAUUUUCAUGCAUAAUUUAACUUGAUAACUUUUAUCUAGAACGAUUAACUUGAUAAGUUCGUCAUUUUUGUCUUAAGUUUGAAUAUUCUCAUUUAUUAUUUUAGUGUGUUUUUGUAAAGUAUGAUUGUUAGAAAAAUUCCAUAUAAACUAUAUGGUAGAGUACAUAAACAAGAAAAAAAGUUUCCGAAGAGCUUAUGUUUGGUUACUUGAAGUAACUAAAUUAUGUACUCGUGAUAAUAAUUUGUGAUGAUAUUCACUAUGAAUAUGUGUUUACUAAGAAUGCAUCAAAUCAUAAGUCCCCAGAAGGGUGGAAUAUGGUAUAAAAUAUGGUAAAGCUUUAAAGGAGCUAAUUUUGUGGCCUGAAGGAACCAAACUAGUGAUGAUGCAUUACCCAAUUAAAGGGAUAUUCGUAAAAUGAAUAUCUUAUCAAGAAAAUAGUGAAACUAAUAUUUGCAUCACAAAUAUGUACUACAUGUAUAUUAGUACAAUCCAUACACAUAAAAGUGUAAACCAGAAGUUUACAAGAUUUGAUAACUUGAUAAUUGGUUGGUCCGGUUAGACCAUCCCGGAUCUUGAUGUGAAAAAAGGUUCUUUGAGAAUUCAUGAGAACAUCAUAUGAGAAGUCAAAGAACUCUUCAACUAAAAGAGUUAUUAUGCCAUAUUUGUUCUCAAGGAGAAUAUAACAAUUGAUCAGAGCUUGUAUAAGAGUUGGCAAAUCUCUUGAGAUUUUAUAUGAUCACUUUUAUUUUAUCUAAUCGCAACCCGAUGUUUGCGAGAUUGAUUGCCUCACUAUGGAUACAUUUUUAUGAUUAUCCAAUCAAACAUCACUUUGCUUAAUAGAACAAGCUGAGCCUUCUAGUCUCUUGUCGAGGACAUGCUAGCUGGCAAGUAAUAGUAUUGGUUCACAUCUAACCAACAAGUUAUCAUAAGUUUCCCCCCUAUUUACAAAUGGUUUUGGUCAGAAACCUAACAUUUCCCAUAUGAGAAUAUAAGGGUGUGCCGCAUACAUCCCAAUUGCUCCACCAUAGUAUCUUAAGUUGAUUCUCGUUGGAAAUUGAGAAUUUGUGUUGGGUAUGAAUCCCAAAUGGAAAAUUUGUUUGCGAAAUUAUUGUUUUGAUGAAUCACUUUUCCAACAUUAAGGGGGAGAGAAAAAAAAAACAGCUAGGAAAAGAAAUGAGUUGGAAUGAGUUACCAUUGUCUAGUUUUGAUCCUCAAAGUAAGAAACAUGAACCUGAAGUUCAUAAGAUGAAUUAUCGUUACCAACUAUCAAUUGCCUCUACUAGCCAUACGAAGUGACCAAGUCGCAUAUACUAGCUGUGAAUGCUCCAACUAAAUUUGAUAUCCUUGUUGGAUACUCUAAUAUAAAAAAUGUGUAUGAAAGAGCGCAUGAAGCGUGAUAGACCAAUCGGUUCCAAUGAUAAACAUCCUCGAGAAAGAAAAGGAGCUGUAAUUAGAAUGGUCAACUCGAGGACAUGAAAACUCAAGAAGAGUAACCAAGGAUUAAGUAUAAUUUUAGUUCCAGAAGAACACAUGUCUCUGAAAGUUGUGAAAGGGAAGAGAUCUCAAAAAUAUAUUAGACUACAAUACUGGAACCGAAAUGAAGUCAUUGUCGAAGAAAUUUGUUUCUUGUACUUCAGUACUGAAUAUGAUAUAUAAAGUGAGGAUCAAGAGUAAAACUCUGUUGAUGCAUGCAAAUGAUGACGUUAUUGGCCAAUAUAGAAAGAAAUCACGAAAGUGCUCAAAGAGCAUAAAGUUUAAGGACCAGAAGUCCUUACACCUGAAAAGGGCAAAAAUAGAGGGAUACAAACAAAUUUUUGUGCUACUGGAAAGUAUGAAAUUGUGCGAGAUAUCGCACAAUGUUUUGCAAUGGGUUUCUCGAAAAGACCUAUCAUUGUUUAAGAGGAGUUAUACUCCCCUGUGGUAGGUACAACUACUUUUUCAAAUCAAUGUUUGAAAAUUGUUAUGAUAGCCUAUUUGUUUGAAUUCCUCGAAGAUUUUAAAUAUAUUUGAAACUCCCAGAAGGAUUAUUUACUCCUAGAAGGAUUAAUUUACCUGAAGUAAGCAAGUAAAGUUCUCGAGAACAUAUAAUGAUAGACUAAGAAUAUCCCCUGUAUGGUUUGAGAAAAUAUAAACGAAUGUGAAAUAUUCGUCUAAGUGAACACCUACAAUAGUGGGGUGAAUGGACCUUAGAAGGUUAAAUCUGGAUAGAGUGCAUUAGAGCAUUUGCAUUGUGCAUAUAUAGUUGUGUUGUUUGUAUGUGCUUCAAGGAUUUUAAAAUCUUGGUUUAUGAGUUGUGUUUUACUUUAAAGUAUGAGUUGUGUUUUAUGACUGUGCUUUGUCUAGUUCAUAUGUUUCUAUGAUGUGAGUUUUGUUAUUAUCUUUCGUUAUAUGAAAGAAUUGCUUGCAUCAAUUUGUGUUAGUUAAGUUGUUUUUGUGACGAUCUCAUAUUAUGUUGAUGAUAUGACUAUUAUUGGAUCUCCUGAAGAGCUUCCUAAAGCAGUUGAUUGCUUAGAGACAUAAGUUAAAUUGAAGGAUUUAAGAUCCUUUUUAUGGGCAAGGAAGGUAAUGUUGAAAAAGUGGGAAAUUAAUUUUGCAUGAACGAAUUGUGUUCAUCAAAUAACAUUAGGAUCCUAAGAUCACUAGAAGUGACUAAAGAUCCAUUUAGAAAUCAAGAAAAAAGUGAAAACAUUAUGUCCUGAAGUACCAUAUGUUGAUGCAUUAGAGCACCAAUGCACCUUGCUAGCCAAGCACCAUAUAAACUAUCAAUUUGGUGUUGAUAAUAUUAGCAAAAUACAAUGUUUCCCUCAAUGGAACGUUGGAAAUACUUUGUUACCUUCAGGAACAAUAUAUGCGAUUGUUCUAUUAUGAUACUAUCAAAGAGAGAUUUGGUGAACUAUAUAUCCAAACCAUAUAUAUUAUUUGAUCCUCAUAUUGGUUGAUCAGAGACGAGCUAUCUCUUACAUAUGGUGAUGUGAUUGUUUCAUAGAUAUCCAAAACAAACUAUAGUAGGCAAGUCCUGAAUGUAUUUCGUUACACUUUGUGAUUCACCAUAUCUAAAGGACUUGUGGUUGUAAACUAUUUCUAAAGGAAAUGAUCCUGAAGAUCAUGGUCCAUGGAUAAAGAAAAUCUAAAGAUCAUGCAUAAGAUUGACAAUCUGGAAGAUUGUUCACUAACUAACUCCCGACAACAAUCUUUCUAAAUGUUGUUCGUGAAAUUUGAGUUCAACGACUCAAAGAUUUGAAGUGAUGUGGUCAUGAGGGGGAGCAUAUACGCACUGCACUCUUUUUCCCUAACCAUGGUUUUUUCCCACUGGGUUUUCCUGGUAAGGUUUUUAACGAGACAGUAUGAGAUAGCGUAAUGCAAUCUAGUGGUCAUCCAAGGGGGAGUAUUAUGUAAAUAUUGAUAUAUGGAUGACCAUUGCCAUUACCACAUUAGAUGCUCACUUGGGAGUUACAUGUAACCCCCAUUCCUACAUAUGAUAGCUCCUUUAUGUUUCAUUAUCUCUCAUUGAUAUAAGGAUGUAGUGGUUACCAAGGUGUGCCUAUAAAUAAAGCACACCAUUGUAUCAAAAGAGAAGGAUGAAUAAGAAAGCUCACUUCCCCCUAUCUUACUUGUGUCUUUUCCUCUCUAAUCUUCUCUUGUAGUUGUUUAUAUUACAUUAGUUUCAUAACAAGGAUCAUGAUUUAAAGUUCAGGGGGGCUGAGUGAUUUAUUAUUAUAUUUCAAAAUGCAAUUUUUUUUAUUAUAACGACAUAACAUUAAUUAAAACAAUCAAAAGGACUCAAAAGAAAAUUAAUUAAAAAUUUUCUACUAUGUUAUGCUCCAAAUAAAUUAUUAUACUAUGAAAAUGCAUUUUAACAUUUUUUUAUUUUUUCAAUAUUAUUAUACCUUGAAUAUGAAUUUAUGAUUAUAUUAAUGUUUAUAAAAUUAAAUAUUUGUAUUCCAUAAAAAAUCCUUGAAAAUAUGAAUGUAAAAAUAAAAUUGUUGACUGUCACGAUCGAACACAUAUCCAAUGAGCAAAUUAGGCAGCUUCUCCGCUAGAGUGCAAGCAGGUUAUGGUAACAACUUCUCACUCGCACUAUACAUAGAAUUAAACACUCAAUUUAUACGUAAUUAUCCAAAUUUCCUAAAACUUUAUAUGUAAGUUCCAAAACCUACAAAGGUACGCCCCUGAUUAAAUAGAUAAUUAGUGUUGUUUACAUAAGAUUGUAUUAAAUUCGAUGUAAGCUAAUGAAACCACCGAUCUAUUAGUUAACAAAAAUUUGAGUUACCAAUUUUUAAAAAAUUUAAUAUAAGAUACCAAUUUGUUAGUCGUUCCAAAUGCAAGUGACCUUUCAUGUUAAUGACCCUGUGUGUCCGUUCCUAUUUCCACCAGCUAUUUUAGUAAUUCUUCAAGAGAGCAAAUCUCAUAUUUCUUUUAGUCUUUUACGUUCUAGACUUUUAGAACUUUAGGUUUCAUUGUUUAUUUUUUAGACGAAAAUCAUUGGGUUAGAAUUUUUAGGCUAAAUUUAGAGAAGUAAUUUGAAUAUACUCAUAAAACCAUUUUCAUAGUUACACACAAUCUUUAAUUUUAUAACAUAACGGUGGGCCAAAUCUUUAAAAUCGAAAAAAUCAUAAGGGAUAUACUAGAUCCGACUCAUAUGAGGGCUGGGCCGUGGUGCGGGGUGGCCACCCCUGGAUCCACCACCGAUGACUAAUUUGAUAUAGUAGAUUUGGAAACAUAUCAUGACUAAUUAAGUGUUUAACAUUUAGUAACAAUUACAUUGUCUAUAAUAAACCUUGUUCUAGCCUAAUAUGGACUAACUAAUUGGCUAUAAUAUAUUUGAGAACCUAAGUCAUCAUCUCAUAAUAACUAAAUUAACCAUUAGUUUCAACAAUAAUUUAUUUUAGAAAAGUUCACUUAAUUUGUCUACUUGUUUUCUAUGCUUCUACAUUUGUUGCAACUUUUGCACUAUACAAUAAAUAUUUUACAACUGAAAUAAAGAUUUGGCUCAUUAAAGUAAUUUCUGAAAU